ACUGGCGCGACAACCUUGACAUUCCCUCGCACUUCUGUCGGCAAGGGAAUGACUCCCAUAAUGAACGGUUUGGAUUAAGUAGAACAACUUCUCCUCUUUUAAGACGACAGUCACAGGCAGCGCGCAGGUAAAUUGUAGCCUAUGUUAUUUCUGGCACGUUCGGCGCAGCCCUAUAGCUGCUAGUCAGCUGUUAGAUCUUGCAAAAUACACCCUACCUAUGCAGCUGCAGCCGAUGAUGCUACUGUUUAGGGGGGAAACGGACUAAAUUACAUGUGUAGGGGUCUGCAGAGAAAGUUAACAGAUCAUGCCUAAACUAGGAUAAUUAAUGUUCUAAGGUCAUCCUGUGGACAGAAGAGCGUAAAGAACUCUGGUCUGAUGUUUAAAACAUGGAGAGACAACUGCUUGUAACGACGCUCAGCUUGUCCAUGAGCCUUCUCUCUCUCAUUUUACUGGUCACCGCUAUUUUCACCGACCACUGGUAUGAAACGGACACAAGGCGACACAAAGAGAACUGCGAUCAGUAUGGCACUGACUCCAACGAUCAGAAAAACAGGGAGAUGCCCAUCUAUCACCUGCCGUUGGUUGACAGUGGCAACCCCAGGCGCAACCUGGCUCUGAUGAAACCUAUUCACGUUGGGAGUCGAGAAGAGGAAUUGCUCGAAAACUGGAGGGCGAUUUUGGGGAUGGGGAUUCUGGAAACGGAGUGUGGGAGACCGCUGUUCUCCACCUUCUCUGGUCUGUGGCGCAAAUGCUACUUUCAAGGUAUUGACCGGGAUAUUGACCAACUAAUAUCAAAAGGUAUUGCAGAUCGCUGCACUACUGUAAAGUAUCACUUCUCCCAGCCCAUCCGGCUCAGGAACAUCCCCCUGAACCUCACCAGAACCAUCCAGCAGGACGAGUGGCACCUCCUGCAUCUGCGGCGAAUCACAGCAGGAUUCCUGGGGAUGGCUGCAGCCGUGCUGCUGUGCGGGAGCAUCGUGGCCACAGUGGGGUUCUUCUGGGAGGAGAGCCUAACCCAGCACGUCUCUGGCCUCCUCUUUCUCAUGGCAGGAAUUUUCUGCACCAUAUCGCUGUGCACAUACGCAGCAAGCGUGUCCUAUGAACUUGCCCGAAACCCACCGUUUAUCUACGGUCUACCCGGCGAUGUAGACCAUGGCUACAGUUGGUCAAUCUUCUGUGCUUGGAUCAGCCUAGGUCUUAGUGUUGCCUCUGGGUGCCUCUGCACGACAUACCCCUUCCUGAGCCGCAGUAAGGCCAAAACUGCUCGGGAAUCUUCCGUAUGAACAGCUCCUGGUGCCCUUGAAAACCCAUUGCAGCUCAGUUUCUGUUGAGCAGUGAAGAUGGAACUUUGGAAUACUCACAGCAACAGUUUGUUUCAAUCCCUGAAAUUUCAUAGAAAAUGUCAAUUGUUUCCUGUAAGAGAUUGGUAUCCCAGCCUUGGCACAGUCUUGGCAGACACAAGUCCAUUAUAUAGGCUAGUAUUGCUACACAUUAAGGUGAUAAUACAGUGUGUCAGUGUUGCAAACUUGUCAUCUAAGGCCUAUUAAUCCAUGUAUGCCAACACAAAGUCCUUCUAAGCACACAUACUGUAUACACAUGCAUUGACUUUAAUUCUAAAUCAUGUUUAUGAAAAAACACUUACCAACCACACAUAAGCAUUAUGAGUAGGAAUACUAUAUACUGUAUGGGACUUUUCAUAUGAAGCCAGAUGAAGAUGUUGUGGCUGAGUAUUAAAUGGUCUUUACAUAUUUUGUCAUGUGACACACAACAGAGAACUAAUGUGGAUCAGGUUUUGAUAUCAAGUGUUAUAAUUUAUUGUAUGCGGCAAAGUGGAGUUUGUUUAUGUGUUAGUAUUCAGGACUUUAGCUCCAUUGAUUACCAAGGUCAAAUACCUUUUUCCUUGUUGAAUAUUAAUCAGACACUCAAGGUUUGGCCUACGUGACAGCUGGAAAAGAUGUAUGUGAGCUGUGUACUGUAUGUAUAGCAUUGACUAUCAAUUGUUUUUAUUGUUGAACAAGAACAACAAAUGCUGCAAGACAUUAUUGGUGACAUGUAUCUGGUAGAUAACAUGGAAACAAAAGAGAGUGGUGGAAAACAUGUUAUGGUUAAGUGGUGAUAAAUGACCAUUCCAGCCCAAAUGAAAUGGAUGUUGCCGUUUAAAAAUAGAAAUGGAAAAUUAAAGGAACUGAACUGUCUGGGAACUGUGAGUGACAGCUGUUGCUCAGGGUAACUUUGUUUAAUGAUGUUUAUUGAUAGAUUGAACCUUCAUUGUGGACACUUCCGCCUUUACUUAAACGUUGAUCUAAUCACAAAGACACUUCUCAUUACUUCUGAGCUCAUAGACAAAUAAAAGUAUUUGAAUUGUAAAUAGAAUUAAUUCAGUAUCACAGUUUUCUAAAUUCACACAAGUAUUGUCCUACUGGCUAGUUUGUCUAAUGCACUAUUUACAAAAUCACAUGGGUGUUGCAACACGGACAUUUCACCAAGCGCUUUUCCUCCAUUGCAUUAACUAGACCAAAUGUCAUCCAAAGGCUAAACAAACAUGUCUUUCAUGUCCUUUGCAUUGCACAGGAACUGAAAAAAAGCAAAGGAACAAGUGAAUAUCAUGCUGUGAAUGUAUUAUGGUAAGUCAAACGAAAUAGUUCCUUAAAGCUUUCCUAUGUUAGCUCUGUCAAGUGAGGCUCAUGCAACCUUAUGCAACCUUAUGAAUUUGCAACAAGCUGCUCAUUUAAUGAGCAAACAGUCUGCCAAAUAUAGGAAACGGCAACUCUAACUGGUCUCAGCCAAAAUAAUUGGAUUGCUUGACCAGAUUAUUUAAAUAUUUUGCACCCAACAUACUUAAUGACCUGGCUUCCUGUUCAUGGAUUGUGCAUAAUCCUAGACUAAAAUAAUUUUUGAAUGGGUAUAUCUCCAUUGAAGUAAUGGGUAUCUCCAGGUGUACAUGUAAGGGAAACCAGCCAAAUAUGUUUACGUUAAUCAUAUUCAACCCCCAAAAAGUUUGGACGUUCUGUGAAAUGGAAAUAAAAAGCAGAAUGCUUUGAUUAGCAAAUCAUGUAAAUCAUAUUUUUUUAGUUGCAAAUAGUACAAAGACCAAAUAUCAAUUGCUGAAACAGGCAAAUGUCUUUUUUUGGAAAAUGCAUAUUCAUUUUGAAUUUAAUGGCAGCAACACAUCUCAAAAAAGUUGGGACAGGGGCAUGUUUCAAUUUUGGCAAUGAAAGAUACCUGUUACUGGAGUUUUGAGAAUAUAUUGUUAUCUCGUUCUUUGCCCAAUAUGAUUACGUAUUACUAGGCUAUGAUACUUUAAAUAUCUCAUCACAAAUUCAUGUUGAUGAACAUUAUUUUUUACAUUGCCCACACUUUUGUUCACUUUUGAGAUGCUCUUUUUCUAUCCAAUCAUGGUGCCAGUUAACCUAGGUGUGAAAUGCUCCUUGUCUUCUUUAGCACUAAAUAACUUUUCCAGGCUUUUUGUUGCCCAAUCCAAACUUAUUUUAUGCAUGUACUGGCAUCAAAUUCAAAAUUAGUGUAUCAUUCUGUCAGUUAAAAUUUUUCAGUUUCAAAAUUUGAUUGGUCGAUAUCUUUUUGCAACUAAAUAUGGAUGUACAAGAUUGGCAGAUUAUCACAUUCUGUGCUUUACAAAGUAUCCCAACUUGUAUUUUUUUUUUUUUAAUAAUAAUUACCACCAGUGUUGUUGGUUAACAUGUCCACAUCCAUUGAAAUGUUAUCAUCAUUGACAGAAUAAUUUGAAGUGAAAAGAUGUUACUUUGGGGAAAGUGUGAAACAAUCAAUUUUGGACUGUUAUGUUGACAAUACAUUUGAUAGGAAAUCUGGUAUUCAACGUGUUCAUUAGA